GCUGCAUCUGGGCAGCCUGCCUUGGGCCCUGGGCUAGACCGAUCAGCAGGUGACCUUUGCCCGGCUCACCGAGCCCUCCGUGCCCCCGGCCCUGAGGACGAUAUAAAACGGGUCAGAGCCCUCUUGUCUGCCUGCUCAGUCCAUCCCAGGCGUCGGCUCCAGGAACAAAGGCGCCAUGCAGCCCCGGGUCCUCCUCGUCACUGCCCUCCUGGUGCUCCUGGCCUCUGCCCGAGCUCAGGAGGAAGAGGACCCCUCCCUACUGGGCCUUAUGCAGGGAUACAUGCAGCACGCCACCAAGACCGCCCAGGACACGCUGACCAGCGUGCAGGAGUCCCAGGUGGCCCAGCGGGCCAGGGACUGGAUGACCGAUGGCUUCAGUUCCCUGAAAGACUACUGGAGCACGUUUAAGGGCAAGUUCUCUGGGUUCUGGGAUUCAGCUUCUGAGGUCCAACCAACUCCAGCCUCUGAUGCCUCCUGAGACCUCGACAGCCCAACUCUUCCUACCCAUCCACCCUGCCAGCUCCUUGGGCAGCCCCGAAAGUCACUUGAAAGUGACAGCAUUCUCACCUCCCACCCCACCCCAGACCUGGCCCACCCCCAAGCUUGUUGUCCUCCCAAUAAAGCUGGAUGAGAAGCUGCC